AAAUUAUAAAUAUUUUAAACCUAAUUAUUUUACCACAUUCAAUUUUCUCUCUCCUUGCAUACCUGGCGGCUGGCUCCCAUAUUCUCUUUCACGUUCUUUUCGAUCACUCUCGUAAAGGCCUUGGAUUAAAGGUUCGCUUUUACUAGGAAAAUUUUCCAGAGAUAGAUGGAUGGCGCUACAAGGGCUAGCGAAUUGGAUUCUGUUGUUUCGUUUCCAGAAGAUUCAUCAUUAUCAUCUGAGAUUAUUGACAAUUCUUCUGAUUUUGAUGAAAUAACGACCUUGUUCUCCAGUAUUGCUAAGAUAAAUCCCCUUGUUCGAUUUUAUAGACAAGUUGCACUUGAUGAGGACACUCUUCGUAACAAUUACGUUAUGUUUCUUUGUAUUCACUUGAAUGACUACUUUGAACAUGACACCCUUGAUGCACUGGUUCCCGAAUAUCUCAUAGAGGCAUGCUCUGAGUUGUAUAUAGCAAGAGAUGAUUUUGAAAUGCUGCUGCUUGUUAGAAUGAUGGAUGAAGAAACCAAUUCCAAGACGGUUCAUGAACCUUUCUUGCGUCGCGUUCCAUUGUGGUGUCUUCUAUUACCAUUCAAGGAGCGCAAGCUCCAUUCCCAUAUAUGCAAAUGCCAUGAAGCUGAUGCUCCUGCUUCUUUUCAUUGUCUCCUUGUGAAUGUGAAGAGGGGCAUUAUGGUGAAGGGGGAUACUAAUGUUUCUCAGCGACUGCAGGAACUUCUACGAGAAAGUGAAAUGGACUUGGAACGCUCUUUUCCAAGGCUUCAACCGUCUAUAUGGCCUCUACCGCUUGAAGAGCAGGAGAUUCCCUGGGAAGCAAGACCAUGUCCUAUUCUCAUAAAAUUGGGUGAUGUGAUACCGGAAUAUCCUGAUGAUAUAUGUAACAUGGUUUCUGAAUCAAAAAAAUUAUUUCCCAUUGUGGCUGAGACUGACAAGACUUUCAAUGUUACAUUAUUGUUGUCUGGUGGUAAGGGUGAUGUGAAGAGUUACCUGGAUCGAAUUGAUGGAGGUCGAGUUGCAGUUGACAAGACUACAUUUAGGGGCAAAUACAUUAUGGUUUGUUGUUUUCACGUGCCUAUCCUCCGUGAUUAUUUUGAAUUACGUUAUCUCCAGGCUCUAAUAACUACAUGCUGCGAUUUGUAUUCCACGAGAAGGGAUUUUGAGAUGGUAGUGGUUGCAAAGAUGAAUAAGUGUGCCAAUUACAAGGUGGUUUUCGAUCAUUUCCUAUCGGGUUUCCCCCCUUCGUGUCUUGUAGUACCAUUCGAGGACUUGGAGCGUCGUGACUUUAUUUGCAGGUUUCUUGACCUCCUUAGUCAUAGACAUAUUCAAUGUGUUCUUUUCAAUGUGGAUAACAACAUGGAUAUGGGUAACGACAUGGAUAUCAAGAGGGAUAUUUUACGCUUUGGAGAGAUUCGCUUCGCUCGUUAUCAUGGAGCCGAUGCCUUCCCAUUUAGUUAUGAGAAACUGAAGGAAGUUAUUGCAAACGACACACCAAGAUGGGAAUCUGUCUCAACAUCCACGCUUGUGGGACUUUUGGGAUGCAAUGCUUAUGACGUUCUUGAAAAGAUUAGUCCAAAUCCAGCAGGAAGCGGUGAGGAGGUGAUGACUAUCUCAGAACUCAGCAAGAAAAAUGUUGGCUUGUACUUGUGUGCGAAAGGAGAUUAUCUUGCCAUGCUUUGUGAUAUAUAUGAAAAAUGCAGAACUCGAAAGCUGGCAUUUGAAAUUGUGUUGGUCUACUUGCCCUUUGAUCAACCUAUUACCCCACAGGCUUGGAUGGAGAAUGUUAACACUUUGCUGCAGAAGCAUAAGAUAAGCUCGUCUUGGUGGCGUCUUCCCUACAACAAUUCUGUAACCUGCAGGCUGCGUCGACUUACCUUCCCGCGACAUCGUGAUAGGCUCAUCAUCGUAGGAGCCCAUGAUGAAUUCGUUGAACCUUUUGGAGAAAAGGUGAUGAAAAAGCACGGAAUUGAUGCAUAUCCAUUCUUCAGAGAGUACCUUAUCGAAAAAGAAUUGAACAAGUUGAAGGAUCUGACCUUUGAGUCAUUGUUUGCUUCUGGGCCCAAGGACUUCUUUUACCAGGGCACAGAUAAGAAAUUUCUAUCAGAUCUCCAGGGUAAGAACAUACUUCUUUAUCUUGAGUAUCCUGGUGACCUCUGCAUUUUUCCUCAACAAUUAAGAUGGUAUGAGCAUUUGAAAAAAAACAAUCCUGAUUUUGAAGUAGUAUUUGUCUGUCGAUCUAAUUAUUCAGCUGAUAUAGAGAUUAACGAUUCUGAUCUAUGUCGCAUAAUGCCUGAUUGGCUGUUAUACCCUUUUGAUCCUACUCACUCAGCUUCUGUGGAGAAGCGAUUAGGAUUUAAUAACGCUACUGCGCUUGUUGAAUUUGGAGAAAAUGGACAGCUAUGUUCAUUGAGUGCUCUUCGUCGUCUAGAUGUUUAUGGGCCUGAAAAUUUUACUUUUGGUGCUUCUCAUCUACGCGAAGACGUCCUUUAUCGUUUAGGUCUCAAGCCCAUCGUAUAUGACGCACCAGGUGAGUUCUACUGAUUACCAAGUUCGACAGCUUCCAUGUUUUGGCUGGCAAGGUGUCUAAUGCCAGUCUUGUCUAAGAUGAUGCUUUGGCCUUGACAAACACUUCUGUAUAAAUAAUAUUACUAUGUUUUUCGGUUUUAUGCUAAUAAUUACUACUCUACUCUUUGUACUUUUUGAUGUUAUAGAUGAAUUUUAUCUAAUUUAGAGUAAUGGAUUGAUAUUGGAGUUA